UUUAUUACGCUCAUUCUAGUCAUCUAGAAAAAUUUCUCAAAACGCAGACGUUCAUCAUGCAACGAAAAAUGAUACACGCCAAACGAACUGAAACUUGUUUGACAUGAAAGGGUGUGAAGCAGAUGACUUAGUUGUCCGCGAGUAUCUCCCACAGAACAGUGUCCAUGUGGACCUUUUGCAGCCGGAGCUGAUGACACCAUCGGAUCUACUAGCGUUGUUUGAACGUAGAGGCCUUGGAUUCCUGGUAUCAAAGUCAGACCCAUUCCAUCGCCUGGUCGAUUUGUACUAUGACCAUCUGAUGCCAAUGCCGAUGCGAGCCGCUUCCCCGGAUCUGACAACAGUUCCCUCAGUACAACGCAUCAAACCACCCGCUGCUCCGGAGUCUCAAACUGCGACGCCAAAGUUGACCGUGAAGAGGAAAGCCGACGAGGUCCAACUGGACAGUCUAGUGAUCAAGCAUAAUCCAAACUGGACGACUCCGGGAGAAACCGUCAGAUCAGACGAACGAGUGCUCUCGGUAAAGAAGCCCAAGUCUUUCGACACUCUUGGACAAAAUCACGUGAACCAUUCAAGGAACUCGACAACAGCCCAGGCCUGUCCCACCGCUACCAAAACAGCCACAAAUGGUUCAAACUGCACCCGAGUUAAUUCGAGCCCCGGUACCGAUUCCUGCAAAAAACGGGUCAAAUUAAAACGGGAUUUUACAGGACUAUCUUGACCGUGUUUCUGUCACCAACCAAGCAUCCCUGAAAUCGCAUUUGUACCACAUCUUUCUGCACAGUAUCAGCAUGCUUUUUAUGGUUUUCGAUACACCUGUCUUGCUCAAUUUCACCACUUCGGUGCCCUUAUUGGUGGAUCGUUCGAUCU